ACAUUUCAACCAUAGACAAAUAUGAAUACAUUAACAGUCUUGCUUAGACGUGGUUCGCAGAAAUAUGCAUGUGACUUAUUGAAUUCUACACAGUUGCACUUGACCAAACGCCUUUUUAUGACUUGAGGAUUUCUUAAUGAGCAUACUAAGGUCGGCCAACAUUCUUUGCGCAGCCUUCUUUAUGUAUAGCAGGGUUUCUACUAAUCAAGUUAUUGACACCUACUAGUGUCUAGGUCCUAAUCUUUAUUAACCAAAAGUGAUUUAGUGGACCAAGGAAGACAAUAUAAGUUCAGUUUAUAGAAUGUUUUCGAUCCUCCAAACAAAAGUUAUGCAGUUUUGACUGGAUAUCGUUUCACCUACUGAACUUGUAUCUUUUAACAAUUUGUCUGCUCAAACUGAGGUGAUUUUUGCGUUGGUGUUCAUUUGAUCGAAAAAGCUUAUGCGCCAGAUGUUGGUAGUCGAAGUUCAUUUGCAGGUAAUUUAUUCCAACGUUUUUAAUUUGUAUUUACUUCUACAAUAGAUUCGAUUUGAACAUACUUAGUAUUACUUCCUAUUGUUGUUAGUUCUUAACACCUAUUACAAUUGAUAGGUCCAACGUAGAGGAACUGAUUUUUGUUGAGACGAAAAAUACAGCUAAACAGACAGCAUUUGAUUAUUGUGAAUACUUUAGUAAAUUCCAAAACCGUCCGUCCCAUGUGAUAGGAUACUCUUGAUUUAUGUUUAUUCCCUCAGUAUUCAUCAAAUAUGUUUAUAAAAGGUGAAGUGGUUACUCGUUAGUUAAGAUGAUAGUCAAGGUUUAUUUAUUGGUUCACUUGAAGCAGAAUUUAUUAUAUAAGGUUAGUGCUACUGAGCUCUUAUUUACACAAAAAGAUGAAAAGGAGCGGAUGAUUACGUCUAAAGAAAUGUGGGGACUUUGAUAAUCAAUAUCACAGAUGUUAAGAUAAAUUGCCUAAACUUUUUGUCUUGUGUAAAUGUAAUUUCUUAACUCUUUCUUAUUCUCUUUUAACCGAACAUAAUAUGAAUUCUAAAUUCCAUCUAUCCAUUAAUUUAUAAAAGCUAUUCAAAUCAAUUUAUAAGCUUUUACUUCCCUUACUCUUACGUUAUCAAAAGAUAUAAUCAUUACUGUCUCCUUCUGUUCACUAGCUAUAUUGAUUUCAAGAAAUGGACUAUAUAAUAAAAAAAUGCAGUAAAAGUCUCAUUAAGUACAUCAAUAAACAUUGUGACUACGAGAUAUCAAUUUUGUCCAAGUUAUCAUCAAUCGUUAUUGCCUUUCUUGGUAUCAGUCUAUUUCUACAUGGUUUUUUAUUGAAUCGAACUGAGCUCUACAAUGAGACAAAUGAAAAAUUGAAAUUAUCAUUGAAUUAUCCUUCAACUGUUGCUAGAAAUGGUCGAAUUAUCCUUUUACUUGUUGAUGCAUUGGGUUAUGCACUUAUACAAGACAAUAAUGAAAAUAACCAAUUAUUACCUGGUCAUAUUUCAUCACAUUCCCAAAAUCGAUAUCAUCCACUACUUGAUAGUUUAUCUAAAGCGGUAUUUAUUGGGAAGUUUGUCGCAGACCCGCCGACAACCACGUUACAACGUUUAAAAGCUCUAAUGACAGGAAGUAUGCCAACAUUUAUAGAUGCAGGUUCAAAUUUUGGCGGAAGUAAAGUACUGGAAGAUAAUUUACUAAAACAGUGGAAUAAGGCUGGAAAACAAAUUCGAUUUGUUGGCGAUGAAACUUGGAUUGAUCUAUUUCCCGAUAGUUUCAGUCAUUAUAAAGCUUAUUCAUCGUUCAAUGUGAAGGAUUUGGAUACAGUUGACCGAGGUGUUGAAAACUACUUUCUCUAUGCCCUUAACGGUACUGCAUGGGAUUGGGAUAAUGGAGUUGUUGACAGUCAAACACCACAGACUGACUGGGAUAUUCUUAUUGGACAUAUGCUGGGGAUAGAUCACUGUGGUCACACAUAUGGACCUGCACAUCCAGAGAUGACGCGAAAGCUAAAUGAACUAAACAGUUUUAUAAAACUUAUUGUUUCUAAACUUCAAUCUUCCGAUAUUCUAUUUAUUUUGGGUGACCAUGGAAUGACACGAUCAGGUGAUCAUGGUGGAGAUAGUGAUGCAGAACUGGAAGCUGCUUUCAUUGUUUUUACUGCUAAUCAGAGUUCUCUUGUGAUAAAAGAUGAUUCAGAGAACCAAACUAAUAGACGAUUACAUCAAAUAGAUCUUGUCCCAACUUUAUCACUUCUAACUAAUGUUCCAAUACCCUAUUCGAAUUUGGGCAUACUAUAUGACCAUCUGCUAGGAUAUGGUGCUAACCUUCACCAGGGUAUGGUAUUAAAUUUUAUACAGAUGUUCACUUAUACUGCAAAUUAUUUUUAUAAUAUAAGCAAAUUACCAUUAUCUCCUAUACUUAUGUCUUAUAUGAAUCGUAUUAUAUUCAAUUCAACUUAUGAUUGGAUAGAACAGUUCAAUGAUAUACAAUUAAUAAAUAUACUUAAAGAAUUACAAUUCAUAUUUCGUAUACAUUGGACUCAAUUCAAUGAUUCAUUGAUAUUCUUUGGUAUCCUUUUAACAUGUUACAGUUUGAUUACUCUUUUAUUAUUGAUUGAAAAGAUUUCCAAUACUUCAAUGAUACAUAUCCAUAAUAGUUUCUUAUUGUUUACAUGUAUUUUAUCGUUUUUUUCAUGUAUCAAUAUAUACUACUUAAAUCUUUUAUUAUUCAUCCUAGUCUUAUAUGUUAUCAUUAAACAUUAUAAGUUUUCAAAGUUGAUAUUCAAUGGUAACUCUAUCGGUUUUUUGUUACUAUUCUUAUUGUCUUUAAGUUAUUUAUCAAAUAGUAUGAUUAUCUAUGAAUUUCAUAUCACUUUCUAUUUCAUUCAAAGUUUAAUUGUUCUAUUUCUAAUUUGUUCAUUCAUUCAUAUCAUGGAUCAUACUGAUAUUAUGACAUGGUAUAACUUUAAAUUUUUACGAAGAUUAUGGUCUUUUCCUUGUCUUCCAUUUAUGAUGAUACUUUAUCCAGGUAUAUUGUUAUUAUUUCGUUUAUUGAUUAGACAUUUUCUAAUUUGUCGUGAAGAAUUAAACUAUAGUUCUAUAUGUCGAUCUAUACUUGAUCCAUGGAUUAGUAAAUCUUUGAAUAAAUUAAAUCCUAUUUAUGAAUUUCAUCCAACUGGUUGGAUACGUGUAACGUUUGCUUGUUUCAUGUUAAUCAUUUGUUUACGUAUGUAUUGGCGGUUGUUGUUUGAAUAUCUAAAUAUAUAUAUUGGUAUUAAUCAAUCGAAUAAAGUUAGUUGGAGGAAAUUAUGUUUAUUUAUAUUAAUUGGUAGUUUAUUGUCUUUAUUAUGGAUGGUGGAUUCUGCGGAAUCAACGAAUUGGAUUGGAUUCAUUCCAAAACAUAAAUUGCAUACAGUUCGGAUAUGGAUUGCUCGCAUUUUCUUGAUGAUUAUAUUCUACAUAUUUUUUCAACUUUUGAAAUCUCCAUUUCAACUUAUUCAACAGAUAAAUUUUAUAAAAUCUAUGCAGUCAAAUGAUUGUAAUCAAUCUAUUCAAAGAAGUGUUCUCUAUCUGUACACUUUAUGGACAAUGACCUGUUUAACAGUUUUACCAUUACUUUCUCUACUUGUUUUCCUAAAUGAAUUCCAUAUAAUUUGGUUAGUUUUCAUGAUUAUAUUCGUUCAAAUACGUAUACAUGCAACUACUGUAAAAUGUAAUCAUAUGGAUAAAUGUAUUAAAAAUUCAAUACAGCUUCAUGUACCUCAGAACUGCAUCUCAUGGAUUAUUGCAAUCUUUCUUUGCUUGUUAGAUAACUUAUCUUUUUUUAUAACUGGUCAUCAACCAACAUUAUCUGGAAUUCCAUGGGAUGCCGCUUAUGCUACAUAUGAAGGUGACCAUAAUACACGAUGGUUACCAGGAUUGACUGUUCUCUUGCAUUUAUAUUCAGGUCCUAUAUUAAUUGCUUUCAGUAUACCAACGAUUCUUAUUUUUUCUGCACGCCUUCAUCAUGUCCAUGGGACGGUGAUCCAUUCCCAUCCUAACAAUAGCCGAAAUACUGGUUUUUACAGAUUUGUCGAUGCUUUGGAUUUAUUCAUUUGGAGAUUUAUUAUUAGUAAAAGUGUGUUAACUUUAGGUUGUAUGCUAAGUACUGGUUUAUUACGUCGUCAUUUAAUGGUAUGGAAGAUAUUUGCACCACGUUUAUUAUUCUCUAUUUUAAGUUUAUUUAUAUCAGUUGUAUGUCUUCCAAUGAUUCGUUUUUUAUUUGUCUAUUGUUUUCAUCAUAGAAUUUGUAAAAUUUUACAAAGUAAAUUUAAUAUAAAUAUGUGUGUAUAGGGCUACAUACGUUUGUCAAUGUAAUUACAUUUACUCUGUUAAUCUAUUUAUAUAUUGGCUUUAUUCAAGAUCCAUACUUACACUGUUUGACUUGUUGUUGUUGUUGGUGUCAUCGUCAAUAUCAGUAAAUUUGAUGUUGAAUGGAUACUUUCUGUUGUAUAAUUAUUACUCUCUUUCGUUUUUGAUACUUACUUACGCCUGUCACCCCCCUCCAUGGAGCAUAGGCUACCGACUAGCCUUCUCCAACCCACUAUAUCCUGAGCCUUCCUUUCUAGUUGUUAUAAUCUCUUUCUUACGGUUAUGACCCAGC